GUGGAAGUGAUGUCAGAUAAACUGAGUUCAGCAUGGCGACGAACAGAACAUGAAUAGAGACUGGAAUUAUUAAAAGUAAUUGUUUAAUUGAGGGCAUAAUGAUUAGAAGAUCAAGAAUUAGUGUGAAACCUAAUAUUAGACCUGGUGGUAGAGGUCUGCCGUCUUCUCAAGAAACAAAAACAACAUCUGAUAGUCAGCCAGAGCCUGUGGAAAAAGAGUCGCAGAAGGAGGAGUCAAUAUGUGAACCAUCAACCACAGUUUCAUCAAUACCUGAGGGAGAACCAGAAGGGAAACAAAGCUGCAUAGAGGAAAAAGACCAACCUUCAACUGACGUGUUAGUGUUUCAGUUUGCUGUAGGUACCACCAGUCAAACCGAACAUGCUUCAUUUAAAAGUUCUAACACGUCAACAAUACAGAGGAGAAAACGCAUCUCGGCAUUACCAAACUUGGCUAAACCAAGGACUGCACAUGCAGCCUCCAUACCUGCUGCAAAAAAGGAUCUUGCACCCCAACCCCCAAGUGAAGUGCUACCAAAUUCCAUCCCUUCAAAUGAAAAUUCUUCUAGUUUACUUAAGUGUAAUGAAUUAAAGAAAACCAAUGGAAAUACUCCUGCUAAGUCACCAAGUAGACGUACCUCUGUGGGAAAACAGCAAGUUAAAGUACCAAAUAAAAGAACUGAUACUACAGAGGAGACUGAAUCUUUGUCUGGAACAUGUGUCGUACCUGGUAAUUCAGAUGAGACAAAGGUAGUUGAAAGUCACAAAGUACAGAGCUUGGCAUCUGUUGAGAAUGCAAAAACCCAAGUGAGCAGCUUCUCUGGUGAAUCAUCUCAGAAGAUCAAUACUGCAUUGUCUGCUGUAAAACCACAGCUGUCCUCUGAUCGGGAGAGAAUCCAUAAAGCACGAAAAUUAAGAGAGAUGCUUAAAAAUGAACUGAGAAAUGAAAAGCUGAAGUUGAAAAAGAAGACCCCAGCUUUUGAUGCUUGUGUACCUCUUGACCGAACCAAAAUGACAAUGAGAGACUUUAUCUACUAUUUGCCGGAUAGUAAUCCAAUGCAAUCUUCACUGGAUGAUGAGCAAAGAGUGCUUGAUAAAGGAAUUGGACCAUCUCUCACUAUAGAACCAGAGAAAGUAACUCUUGAAAGUCCUGAAAAAGCAGCUGAGGAUGAUGAGGAGGAACUGGAUAAUGAGGAGAAUGUCCAAGAAGAUCAGCUUCUAGUUCCCAGAGUUAAAGUAGCAGAAGAUGGUUCUAUUAUUAUUGAUGAAGAAAGUUUAACAGUAGAAGUUCAGAGAACAAAGGGACCAAAUGUGGUGGAAGAAAAGGAUCCUAUUUUUGAACGUGGCUCUAUGACAACAUAUUCCAGUUUCAGAAAAUCUUCAUAUACAAAACCGUGGUCAAAUAAAGAAACUGAUAUGUUUUUCUUGGCCAUCAGCAUGGUGGGAACAGAUUUUUCAAUGAUCGGGCAGCUGUUCCCCCACAGAGCUAGAACAGAAAUCAAGAACAAAUUUAAAAAAGAAGAACGUGCAAACUCCUGGAGGAUAGAUAAAGCUUUCAGAGAAAAGAAACCCUUUGAUAUUGAAUUUUUUAGUCAACUGCUGGAAAAGGUUCGCGCUGAAGAUGAAAAGAUGAUGAAUUCAAAGAUAAAAUCAUCUAAAAUAAAGCCUGCUAAAGGGAAACCUAAAGCUAAGAAAAAUAGCUCUAAACUCGUCAAGCCCGAUUCACUGGAGUGUAAUGCCUCAGAAGAAGAAGAUGGGACCACUGCAGAAAAAGAAAAUGAAAACUCUCUAAAUACAAAAGAUCUUGAAGGUGAAGGAAUUGCCUCUAGCCAAGCAGCUGUUAAAAAAAGACGUGUUAAGAAGAGAAGUAAAAGCUUAAAAGAAUCAGCUGACAUUGCAACAUCAGAAGAAGUAAAAUCUAAAGAACCUAUGAAUAAUGAACAAAAUGAACAAAUGGGAAGUUGUCUGGAAAUUGAAGAUGAAGUACUAGAUGUCAUGCCUCCACUUGAAGAUUUCACGGGUGAACAGCUGCUAGAUUCCAUUGUAUCAGAGACAUCACAAAAAACAAACAAAGAAAAUGACAAUGAUGAUGUGGCUUGCCCUUCAGAUGAGACUCUUGGAGAAAAACCCAAACGGCGCCAGCGGCUACAGAAACCAAAGCCCUGCCUUGCUUCAGCUGGGAGGAAACGUGCAAAAGCUUCACUUGACACACAAGCUAAGCCUGAGAAAUCAUUGGAUUUACUUGAUGUAAAAGACAAUGCACCUGAAGACAUAUCUACAUGUGCUCCUCCUUCCAGCAUGACUGUGACAAAACAAAAAAUAAAAGGAAGCAAGAGGAGGGAGGACAGUGAUAGUGAUGCUGAGGAAGAAGAUGAUUGUGGCCUGAUUGACAUACAUGAGCAAAUGCUGAACAAACCUACUAGGUCUGGAAGAAUACCUAAAUUAGUAUCACAUCUAGUGAACGUAGAGGAUGAUGACCAACUAGAAGAUGUGCCACCUGUUUCUCCUCCUGUACUGGAAACAUCUCCAAAAAACAAGACUAAAGGUCGGCCAGUGCAGAAAAGCAGCAGUGACAAGAUUAGAGGAAAAAGUGAAGUUCUCAAAAAAAAGCAAAAACCAGGAAAGGUAACUCUUGUGACUUUAAGAGCAUCUGUACAAGAUGAAGAAAUUGAAGAUGAUGUGGAUGAAUCAUACAUGGACGAAGAAGCUUCCUUUUCUGUUAACUCAGAAGAUGUGAAUAAAAUUCCUGCCUUUGUGCCUGUUGGGUUACGCUCUCCGGCUAUUUUACCGAUGCAGGUGGAGGAGACUAUGGAGGAGUUGGAAAUUGUAGUGAAUGUUCCUGAAAUUCACUGUGUAGUUGAGCCUGAGCAAGUGCACCAGUAUGAUGUGGCCUCUGACAAGUCUCUAGAAAAGAACCCAGAAGAGGAGGGUGUAAUAUCCGCUGAAAAUCAUUUGGAAUAUGAGGUUGAUGUUACUGAUUGUUUAAAACCUACAGACAGUCAAGCAGGUACAUUAACUCUGAAUGAUGGAAAUACUGAAGCUGCUAUGACAUUGUUGGCAAUGAGAAAUCCAAUGCGUCAACCACACUCUCCAAUUGUUGCUGAUAAAACCACACCAGGUUCCAGUCACGAUAAUGUGUAUUCAGUGGCUGAAGAUAGUCCACAACCUAAGAAUUGUUUCCCUGUAAAUACAGAAGAACAACUGAAUGAAAUACCUAUGUUAGACACCAAUCAGACUGUGGAAAUUUCUGCAGAUUCUAUAGAAGAAAAUGUAGAUGAUGCUGGCAAGCCCCAGACUCUGGCAUCAGCCUCUGAUACCUGUCAUGUAGUCACACUGCAAGAACUUGGGAAAGAAACAUGUGUCACAGACUGUUCCAGACAAUCUUAUUCUAACAACCCUCAGUUUGACUCAUGUUUUGGUUCAUCCUCUGCCGCUCCUCUUAACAUCACUGUCAGUGAAGAGCAUUUAGUGGUGCCCACUUUGCAUCUUGAAAAUAACAAAGAUCAGGUUUUGGUGCUUGAAAAAGAAGAAGCUGUGGUCAUAACCAAUGAGAAAACUUUAGAAGAAAGUAAUGCCUUGCAUACACAAAAUAGAAACCGUACACAUCACAGGCGGAGCCAUUUUCCUAAACCUAAACCGAAUCUUGCAGUGGCAAGUAGGCGUCUGCUGACAAGGCAACCCAAGUCUGACGUAUUAAAAGUGGAUACGGGUGAUGAGUCCUCAGAGCCCCAGGAAAGCACUGAAUCGGAUAGUGUUCCUGAAGUCCAGAGUGAUAUUGUGGGAAAAGAAGCUUCAAAUGAGGUUACCAACAUCACCGUGACAGUUUCAACUUCUUCAGAAAUUUUAAGCAAAACUGAAACUAAAACAGUGAAUGAUAUUUCUGAAGAAUUUCAUGUUAUAAACCAAGACCUUUCUCAAACAAGGGUCAACAACCAUUCAGACCUUGAAGUACUAAGUAACAGAAUGGCAGUAGAAAAUAGUUGUACACCCCUGUCAAACUCUUCCAUUGAUGGACAACAUAUUAACACAGAUUCUUCAAAUAUCUCUUCAAUGGAUAUUGCUGUUGUGGAGUCAACACAAGUUGCUGAGGGCCCAGAUGAGAAAAGCAUCAAACAACCAUUCAGUGGGGUGAUGACAUUCUUAUCAUCUGAUGAUGCGCUGUCAAGAGCAAGCAAUGACCACACACCUUGUAUCUCUGAAAAAAGCAGUGAUCCUGGUACAUCCAGUAUGAAUAGAUCAUCGACAAGAAGGUGCAGAUUUCCAAAACCUAAGCCGAAUCUGUGUAAAGCAGGAUUGCAAAGGCGUUCAAAAUCAUCUCAGAGUGAUUUGCAGUUGGACAAUGAUGCAGAAGCUUUAGAAGACACUACUCCUGCAAACAAUAGUAAACCGUUGGUUGAAAUGUGUUCACCUCCUAAUAAAGAUAUGAAGAAUGAUAGCAUAACACUAAAGUGUGAUGCUCUGGAAGAUCAGUCUAGACAAUGUAAUGCAGUAAAAUGUCCCAAAGAAGAAAAAAGCUUGGAAGACAUAAGUCGGUUGCAGGAUGAAGAAAAUGAGCCUUUAAGAGAAAAUAUUAUACAACCUUGUAUUGAAGAGACUAAGUUUGUAGCUUCUAGCAAUGAAGAAGAAAUCAUUUCAGCUUCAGUUACACAGCAGAAUGAAGCAAUCCCUGCAACAAAUGGAAGUCAACAGGAAGAGCAGACCUUCAUCUUGACUUUAUUUGAAAUACCACCUGCUGAACUUGAUCCAUAUGAAGAUGAUACCACCAAUCUAAACACAAUUACAGCUGAGAUCCUAACUCCUCCAUUGUGUGUUGAUGUAUUGCCCUGUGAGCCUGCCAUACAACAUUUGGAGAGUUCUACAACUGAAGUGAUGCCAACAAUGCCAGAAUGCUCAAGUGACACAGUCAUAGAAAGUGGUUGCAGUGAUCAGAGUGCACAAUGGUCUGAAACAUGCUUGAAAAGGAAAUUUGAACAGGAAACUGACAGCAUGGAACAAUGCAGCAAAAAAUCUCUUUUAGCAACUGAGCAAGUUGAAAACGAAGAGCAUCACCAUGUGGUUUAUGAUAAAACCAUGGAAUCUUUUUUGUCUGUGGACACGGAACAAAUUUUGGACCUAGAAGAUAACCAAAAUGAAAAUAAAUAUGUAAAUAAUGUAUUAGAACCAGUAGAAACAUUGAAUGAGGAUAUUGGCCCCACUGGUGGAGAAGAACCGCGAUUACAAAGCAAGAAAAAGUCUUCAGAAAAAUCAAGAUCAGAUAGAUCAUGGAUUAAAUCCAAGACGUCAAAGAAAGCUGAGGACACUGUUAGAACUAGCAGAAGAAUAUCAAAAAGUGCACCACAUUUGGUAAUGCCAGUUACAGCCAGUCUAAAGGAUGGCGCUGAUCACAUGCCUGACUUGGAUUUAGCUCCUCCUGCAGAAGAAACAGCUCAAAGUGUACUAGUUGAUGUUUCUGAACCAACAGCUGAAGACAAAAACAGUCACAAGAAUGAUCCUUGCUCAAGCAAAGUUGGGAACAAAGCUGCAGAUGUACCUUCUGUUUCUGCCACUUCAUUAGUAAGACCUGGCCGAAAACCAAGAGGAUUUCUGUCCUUUAUUUCAAAUAAGAGUGAUUCUGAUGCAGCUUUACAUGUGAAAACUCAAAGAAAGGCUACUCUGAAACCUGUUGUUAACACCAUUGGAGGUGAUCGAAAGAGGACAUCCAGCUUGUUGACAAGUUCUUCAGAUACAGAUUCUGUUACAUUAAGUCCCCCACAAGCUGUAAAAGUCAGAUUAAGUUCACCUGAUAGCUGUACAAAGACCCAGCCUGAAGGUAGUUCACUUCAAACUUCAUUCAGUCCUGGGUCUGUCAAAGAGGAUACGAUACAUGAGAAAGAAUCUGAAACUGAUGAGGAACCAACAAAAGUGUCCCAAUACUUCUUUAGUGAUAUUUUCACAGAGGUUGAUGAGCCAGAUUGAUGAAUAUUCUGAUGAAGAGAUCCAUUUUGUGAAGCUGCUUUAAAGAAAUGCUUGAAGUAGAGAAAAUCUACUACUGUUUACAUGAUACGCAGAAGACUAAAUCUAGCAAUCUGCAGGCACACCGUUUUAGAAAGCAAAUGAUAGGGUAAUGAUUUGCCCUACAUUGGGGAUAUUCCCUCUUUUAAGGGGUUCAUAUAAUCUUUUCUUUAAAGAUGGCAUAAGUUUGAAAACUUUAAUAUGCUGUUUUCUUUGCUUUUUCAGUUUUAUGAAAAUAAUAGAAAAUGACUUGAAACUACCUUUGGGAAAAUUGCAGGCCAUUUUUAAUUAUAUGUUUAUUUAGGUAUUUAUGUUGUAAAAUACUGCACAUCUUUUGUUUUGAAAAGGCAAUUUAUUAUGCUAAGCAUAGUAUAAAUAUUUAAUAAUUGAACUGCUCUUUAAAAUUACUUAAGUGUAGAGAGAUGUGCCUUAUCUGCUGUUUGUAAGUUGUUCCACAACCACGACAGCCUGAAUUGCACAGGUGAAGAUGAAAAAUGGAAGAAUGAGUGCUUUGAAAAGAAUGAAACAUUAUAAAAGAGUUACAGAAAUUCUAAAUAAAAUAAAAUUUGCAAAAUUGGUCAAGUGUAGUGAACUGAUAUAAGUAAUUGCCAUCUUAAACCAUAAAGAGUAUUCAUUUAUUUUCCAGUUGCUACAUUUACAUAUGUAAAUCCUGCUGUACACGCUCUGAUUUUCUAGACAAACACACCGCUAUAGCACUGAACUGGACUCUGAAAACAGAGAACUGUGUACAUUUACUGUGUUUUCAAAACUCAUUCAUCUAACGUUAAAACACAUUUUCAUUAGCCUGUUUUCAUUCAUACAUCUUCCAGUACAUUUUAAUUAUUUUACAAGUACAGUUUCAAGAAUCACUGACUUAAAUUUGUUUUGCUAUAAUUUAUAUCUUUGUUCUUAUCUUCAUGACAAAGUAGCUUUCAUUACAGAAUAGAGCACCACAGGACGUUCAUACAGUAUGUGACAGCCAAAUCAGGUAUUUCACUUUGAUGGGAAAAUUGUUUUGUGGAAAUGAUACUACUGUUGUCUGAUGUGUAUGAUGUAUAAAAUUAUUUCAUCAAGUGAAAAAUAGGUUUAUUUCAUAGUGAUAUGCAUUUGUAAAAUGAGUUUCAAAUAUGUAAAACUUAAAAAAGGAUGAGAUGAUAGUCUAUGAAUGUGAGUGGUACGUAAGUAUACUUGAAGAAAAUCAUCUUCUUUUCACUUUUAAAAUGUGGAUUUCAACCUUGCUGGUUUUAGUUGUAUGUGAUCAUGCCACUUGUUUUACUUUUUCAGAAUUCAUGAAUCACUUAUGAAAGCCAGAAAUAAAGAUCAGCAUCGACCACUUAUUCUUGUAGUUUAUAUUUUCAUAUUACUUUUCACUUACCAGUAACAGUUUUGUGUAAAAUAAAGACUGCCUUAAACAAUGUGAAAUAAAAUGAAUGUACAUGCAUUUUUAGAAAAAAUCUUUUACAACAAGUGAUUGUAGUAUUGAUUAAAGGCUCAUUACUUAGGCCUAGGUUUGACCCUGCUUUUUUAAAUUUUCUCUGUGGUGCUU